AUGGGAACAUCAUCGUCAUCAUCAGCUCAGCUGGACAGCGCCAGUGAAGGAGAUGAAGAACAGCACGCAGGACAGAACAGAGAGACAGAACAGGACACCGCUCAAGAAGAGCCACAGAAUAAUGGACAAAUCUCAAGCCUAUGUCAAAAACCUAAUAACCAGGCUGUUAAGUUAAAUGACCAAUGUGAGGAGAGGGUUCCUAAAGAUGUUGAACCUGCGUGUGUAACACGGAAAGAAGAUGCUCCUGAUACAAAUAAGUGUCCUCAAGAACAAGAUGUUUUUCAAGAAAGCAAUGAAGACUUGAACAACGACGAUGCAACAGUAAAAGAGGAAAAUGAGGUCAACAAUAUAGUAAUUGACACUGAAUUUGGUUUUAAAAAAAUCUUUAAAUUUGGUGAGUUUAAAUUCACUUUGAUGAAAGAUAACAAUGACAGAACUGAUGCAGAGGAGUCAACCACAAAUGAGCAGAUUAAAGAAGUUCCAAGUGCCACUGAGGAUUCCACGAUCUCCAUAGAAGCAAGUCCUCUUAACACAAAUAAACAGAAGUCAGAAGAGAUGCAAAAGGAUUCAAUAAGAGGUGAUGCAAAUGAUGAAGUAAAGGUUGGUAAAUUUUUGAUUUCAGAACACACUGAGGAAAUCACUUCUGUUAAAGGACUGAUGGAGGAUGUCUCACAAGAUCCUGAUCCUGAGGUAGCCUUGUCUCCAGUUAAGCGAUUUUUCACUCAGGGAAUUUGGUCUAAUUUAAGAAAAAGAAGAAAAGAGGAGGCGGCAGCACUGAAAGAAAGUAAUGAAGAUGAACUUAAAAGAUUUGAUAAAGAGACUAAUGAGGCACAGAGUGGGUCUGUACAGGAAGACAAUACCUGUGUAUGUCUUGACAUCUCUCAUAUUACAUCUGAAGAAGGUAAAGAUUUACAAAUAACUAAAAGAGACGACAUUAAGCCUUUAGCUGAGAAAGAGCUAUUUAAUCAUCUAGAACAAGAUGUGGUACAAACAAGUCCAUUCAAGAGGCUUUUAAGAAAAAUUUCCACAAGAAGAAAUAAAGAAACAAAACCUGUGGAAACGGACCUGACAGGAGAGUCAGGAGAGAAUGUUAAUGAAAAUCUUCAGUCACAGACAGAUGGAAUCAAGCUUCAAGACACAAAUGAAAAAACAAAUGGAAGAGAACAAAAGCAUAGUGACGAGGAGCUAAUCACAAGCCAUGAAGAAAAAAAAAGGUCAGACUCAAUUAUUUCCUGGGAAUCCCUAAAAUGUGGUGGAUCUUUUAAAAAACGAAGCAGAAAAACAUCAGACUCUGAAGACGAAUCACAAGAUAAAGAAGAUAAGCCAAGAACUACAACUGAAUCACCACUUGAAAGUUCUACUGAAGGUGAUUACAAUUAUCAUACAUCAUUGAAUGAACAAACUGGAAGUUCAGCAGAGGAUGAAGGUUCCACAUGGAAAAAUCUUAAAAAGCUAGUUACCCCAAAACGAAAGAGCAGGUUGGAAGAAAGUGGUUCAUCUGAGCAGAUACCCUCAGACACAGAGAUUUUCAUGGAUGAAUCUUCAUGUUCUUUAAAAAAACUUAUCUUAGGGCAUAAAAAGUUAAAGUAUGAUGUGCAAAAAGAUAUCACAUCAUCUGAAGGUCUGAGUAAAGGCACUGAAACAGACAAUAAGGAAGAUGAAACACCAGUAAUUGUGCCGCUUUCUGAAUAUGAAAUAGUUGAACCUGAAAGCUUGCAAGUGAUGGUUACGAAGACACUUAAAAUUCCAGUAGUAACAGAGAAAGAGAUACAUUUCAUGACUGAAGAAGAAAAAACAAGACAAACAAAGGUUUUUGUGAAACCCUUAUAUUCUUCUGGGCCAUCAAUUGUACCCAUUUUCUCAGAUAUUACUGAUGACCUGACCGAGUUCAUUAGCAAACAUCAGCAGCUUAGUGAUAUUCCAGAGGAAGGGAUUAUUGAGGAAAGUUUAGUAACACCAGCAUCCUUUACUGAGUGGAUGACUCAAGAUGACACAUUAGCUGAAGAAUUAGUAGAUAUGACAGCCGAUGCAGUCACUGCCCGUGAACAUGCGAGUGAAGAUUUUAAUGGGGAUGAAACUUCUGAAAUGGUAUCAGCAGUCUCCCAGCUAACAGAGUCCCCCAAAACAUCUGGAAAUGUAACCCCAGUAUCACGUGAAUACUAUGUCAGUGAAGCAGAUUUAAUUCUUCAGGAAACCUUUGAAACCAUCUGCACGACUCCAAGUUCUCAGUCUAUUGCUAUAAAUGAAAAAGUCCCAGAAGCUCUGGCAAUGUCAGUUUCACCAUGUAUUACAGACUUAAUUACAAGAACUGAAACCAAAGUUUUUGUUAUCCAUGAAAAAAAGGAAGCUACAUCCAUCUGCACAGGACUUGCUUCUAAGGAAAUUGGCGUUGUUCAAAAAGUUAUCCCUAUGAUCUCACUGGAAGGAUUAUUGGAAAUCAGUGAAGCUGUACCAACAGAUUUGGUCUCUGAGCACUUUCCUAAAAAAUCGAAGGCACCAGAAAUGGCAACAGAUGAAGUCUAUGAAGCUGAAAGUAAAGAACUUGAAAUAAAAUAUUAUGAAGCAUUUUCAGUGAAGCAAAACACAACAGAUGUUGAAGCAUUAACACCUGAUAGUUCAUUAAAUAAAGCAUUAGAAAUCACAGAGGAUGUUGCUGAAGUUGCUAUAGAUGAGGAUAUUAAGUUGGUAGCACAUAAUGUUGUAGCACCACUGCCUAAUAGUACUUUAAAUGAAUCAUCAAAAAUGACUGAGGAUGUUGUUAAACUCACUUUAGCUGAGAAUGUCAAGCUGGUAGCCAAUAAUAUUGUAGCUCUAGUGCCUGAAACUACUUUAAAUCAAGAAUCAGAAAUCACAGGUGAUGUUCAAGUUGCUUUUUCCGAAGAUGUUGAAUUGGUGAAACAAGAUGUUGUAGCAUCAGUACCUGAUACUUUAAAUGAAGCAUCCAAAAACACAAAGGAUGCUGUUCAAGAAACUCAGGCUGUGGAUGUUGAGUCAGUAGCACAUAAUAAUGUAGCAGCAGUGCCUAAAAGUACUUUAAAUGAGGCAUCAGAAAUCAAAGAUAAUGUUGUACAAUUAAUUUUAGCUGAACACACUGAUUUGCUAGCACACAAUACCCUAACAUCUGUGUCAGAUGACACUUUAAAUGAAGUCAGUCUUACCAAACCUGUAGAGUUGCAAGGACACAAUGUUGUAGUAACAGAUCCUGACAGUACUUCAGAAAUGACAGAUAAUGUUCAAGUCACUCUAGCUGAACAUGAUGAGUUGCUAGCACACAGUGCUGUAGAAUUAGUGGAUAUUAGUACUUUAAAAGAAGCAUUAGAUAUUGCAGAGGAUAUAGUUCAAAUCCCUCAGGUGGAAUAUACUGGGUCAGUAAUACACAAUGAUGGAAAAGCAGUGCCUGAAAGAAUGUUACAUGAAGCAUCAGACACUAUAGAUGUUCAAGGCACUCUAACUGAACCUGCUAACUUACUAGCACACAGUGUUGUGUUGUCAGUGACUGAUAGUACUUUAAAUGAAGGAUUAGAUAUUAUAGAGGGUUUUGUUCAAGUUCCUCAAACUGAAGAUGUUUGUAGUGAUGUAGUAUCUGUACCAGGCAACAUUUUAAAUAAUGAUCCAGAUAUGGCAGAUGAUGUACAAGUCACUUUAGGUGGAGAUGUUAACAUGGAUGUAGUUCAAGUACCCCAACUGGAAUAUACUGAGGCAGCAAUACACAGUGAUGAAGAAGCAAUGUUGGACAGCAUGUCAGAAACAUCAGAAAUGAUAGAUGAUGGUCAAAUCACUCAACCUGAAGCAGUCAAGGUGAUAGAACUCAAUAUUAAGGCAUCAAAUGCAGUUACACAGUCUACCAAGUCUAUGAAAACUGACUCAGCAGAGACAGAGGAUGUAGGAGGACCGUAUGUAGAUGAUAAAUUCAUGACGUUGGACACACCUUUAGAGGACAUGAUGGAACACACAAAGGAAGCAAAGUCUGAGUCUGAAAUUGCUAAAGAAACACAAGAAAGUUUACAGACAUUACAGACUGAACCUCAAAAUGACACAAAACAACUACAGAUGAAGAUAAUAUCCUCACAAAUUGUGGAGAGUAAAGCUAGUGAAUCAAGUUGCAAGGAAGCCAUGGUGUUGACUGAGGCAUCAGAAGAGAAAGGCACAAAUGUGACAACAGUUGGGGCUGAGGUAACAGAAUCAAGUUUAGAUAUCCCAAAACCAGGAGAGGUAACAUCACAAACAGCCAGUGUUACUGAACUACAAGAAACUUCAGAACUUAAAACCAACAAUGUAAUGGAAAUAUGUGUGGAAGAGAGCAAUGAUGAACAGACCCCUGCUGGAAUCUCGGUUAAAGAAGACAUAGAACUGAAAUCCUCUGUUUUUACCACCACAAUAAAUACAGUGGUACAAACACCACAAGUUAAGCAAACAACAGUGGUCUCAGCAACACAAAUGACAGCUGAAGUUCAACAAAUAAAGGAAAUGAAACAUAAGAUACCAGAUGCAGAUAUACUUAAUGCAUCAAACAGAAAAAGUGAGAAACCAACAGUAGCUUUUUUCACACAACUAUCAACACCAACAGUGACCCCAACGAUGCAAACACCAAUAAUGAUUCUAGCAGAUGAAAUGCCUUUAGAGGUGCAAAAGCAAACAGUGGUUCCCACUGUACAAACACUGGCAGUCAAUGUUGCUGUAAAUGAAGCAGAAAAAGCAUUUGCAGAACCAGAAGUAAAGAAAAAGCCCUUGGAGGAAGCCGAUAAAGAGAACAUUGAGAUUAAACAAACAUAUCUGAUGGAGCAACAAGUAAAAUUAACUGAAGCAACUGAAGAUCUAAUUCAGACGAUAGAAAGUACUGCAAAUUACAAAGGGGACACUAAUGACUUUCAAUCAACAAGUGAAGCAUUUAAACAGCAUUUUAUCUCCAUGGUAAAGGCAUCAGAAUCCCUAUUAGUAGACGAUGAUGUAUGGGAGGAUGCUAUAGAUAAUAUUAAUGAGUGUUCAGCCAAAAAAUAAUAGCUGGCUUCCAAGAUACUGCCAUGUGUCAUGGCCACAAAAAAGCAUGUAAGAGGUUAUGCUACACAGAAAACAUUUA